AUGACGACGACGACGACGACGACAAUACCAGCGGCGACGACGACGCUGCAGCACCGCACCGCCGGCCCCGUCGCCUGCCCGCCGGGGUACCACCUCCGCCGCGGCCUCAGCUCCGACGUCGACGCCGUCACCUCCCUCUACCGCGCCUCCUUCGGCCGCGACUCCCUCCUCGACGUCCUCUUCCCCACGCGCGACGCUCACCCGCGCGACUUCCACGCCCACAUCUACCGCCACUUCCAGGCCCGGUGGUGGACCCUCGGCUGGGACCUCACCGUCCUCGUCGACGACGCCCUCGGCGUGCCCGUCGGAUUCACGUGGUGGCGCCGGCCGCUCGACCAGCUUUCCUUCACCGAGCGCUGGCUCAGUCCGUACGCCUGGUUCGCCCCCCUCAUGCGCCUCUACGUCCGCCUCAAGAACCUCCUCCUCCCGACGCGCAUCCCCGCCGACUCCACCGCCGUCUUCACCCGCGUCUACGGCGAGAUCGAGCCGCGCCUGCUCUGCUCCCCGCGCCGCCGCGCCGCCUGGUACCUCUCCACCAUCGCCACCCUCCCCUCCCUCCAGGGCCGCGGCCUCGGCGGCGUCCUCCUGCGCCAUGGCCUGCGCGCCGUCGACGACCGCGGCCUCGCCUGCUUCCUCGUCGGCGUCAGCGGCGUCGAGCCCUUUUACCGCAAGUACGGCUUCGAGGAGGUGGAGAGGGCAAACGUCGGCGAGCUGGCCGGCUGGGAUGGCGGCGCCAUCAUGUUUAGGGAGUAG